GAUAGGCAAGGCGUGACGUGGUAUUGAGUUAUUUUUGCUUUGGUAGUCUAUUCAGUCCACGAUUUUGCGUGAGAAAAGCACACGAAUUAUAGUUUUGUCAAAUUUUUCGUAUAUUUGACAAAUAUCUCACGCCAGAAAGAACAGAUUUUAUAAGAGUCGAUAUUUUAUAAGUAAUUUAUAGUGAGCUGUACGUUUGAAAAGCUUGAAGUGGACCAAGCUUAUACAUACUAUGAGAAUUAGAUAACAAAGCUCACACAGAAGAAAAUAUGUCGAAAUUAAAAGAAAAACAACUUUUAACAUUCUUGCUGACUUUUGUUACGGUUUUUGGUAUUGGAUAUGGACAGAAUGCUUUAUCGAUAGACUGCACUGGAUUCCCGGAUCCAGACGCAUGUGCUGUCUUCCUUGAAAAUCUCAUUAGAGACUUUUGCCAACAACCAGAGAACUACGCCCAAUGCCCCCCAGAUUCAGAAAUUGAAAUAAAAGAUAAAAAUGAAUGUGAUUUUUUGCACAACGCGAAUGACGGCCACGAUUGUAAUCCAUCAUAUUCGGAAUGCGUGAACACGCAUGGAUCUUUCCAUUGUGUUUGCUUGUCAGGAUACACUGAUUUGUAUCCCGAUGAUACUGAAAAGUCCGGACAGAACUGUACAGACAUAGAUGAAUGUGAACCUCAGCCAGGACUAUGUGCCCCUGAUCACUCGACGUGUACAAAUCAGAUUGGAAGUUAUUCUUGCGCAUGUAAUGAAGGGUAUACCGGAAAUGCAAGUGUUGAGUGUGUGGACAUGGAUGAGUGUGCAGGAGAUCCUUGUCCGAUGAAUUCCAAUUGCGCCAACACGGCUGGUUCAUUUGUCUGUAACUGUGCCCCAGGAUACGGUUACAACACCACGACUAACACCUGUGAGAACAUCAACGAGUGCGAUGAUUCGCCAUGCACUCUUCCAGCAGUGUGCGAAGACGAUGUGGGUACCUUCAUCUGCAGAUGUCCGGAUGAACAGACGUGCUCUUCGGAAGCAUGUUCCGGUACUACAGACUGUAGUGUGAAUGCAGUAUGCACAAAUGUUACUAAUGGAUACACAUGCUCGUGUCCUGAUGGAUACACAGGAAAUCCACGAGGAUCCGUAUGCACCGACAUUGACGAAUGUAUCUCGGGAUUAUCAACCUGUCAUUCUCGAGCUGAUUGCAUUAACAGUAACGGUAGCUACUCCUGUGUUUGUCAGUCGAAUUUCAUCGGAAAUGGUUUUACGUGCACAGAUAUCAAUGAAUGUACUGCAACCCCACCGAAAACCUGUGGAACGAAUUUCAAGUGCGUUAACACUUAUGGAUCGGCUAGAUGUGACUGCGAGUCGGGAUAUAAAUUGGAUUCUACAAAGCUCGUUUGUGAAGAUAUCGACGAAUGCGCGAGUGACGGUGCAGCCAAUUGUGGGGUGAAAGGAACUUGUAACAAUUUCGUAGGUGGAUACAACUGCACUUGUGAAAAAGGGUAUGGUGGCGAACCGUGUGAAGAUAUAAACGAAUGCGAUAAUAAUCCGUGUACUGGAGAUACCAAAUGUCAGGAUUCAGCUGGAAGUUUUACAUGCGUGUGCGACAUUGGUUACACUGGAAAUGACUGUGAUGAUAUUGACGAGUGUGCUGAUGGGUUCGAUUGUGUACAUGGGAAUUGUAGCAAUAUCCCAGGUUCGAUGGAAUGUAAAUGCGAGAACGGAUAUUCUGGCAUACCUUGUGAGAAUAUAGAUGAAUGCGCAACAGGUAACCCGUGUCACGCUGACGCAACAUGCACCGAUGGCGAUGGGUCGUAUUCAUGCGCAUGCAAAGAAGGUUUCUUAGGAGACGGGAAGACAUGCACAGCCAUUCCUGAUUGCGAAACAGUAACAUGCGAUGACAACCAAGCCUGCGAUCAAGAGUUUGGAACAUGCAAAGGAGCGAGAACAAUUCGUUUCAGAGGAACUUUCGUCAACUUGGUGUUCUCCGUUGAUUUGGCUAACACAACAAGUAAUGCAUAUGCUGAUACAAAACAAUCACUAACUUCUACGAUGACAGAAGUAUUAGCGGCGAUCGGAAUCAAGCUUUACCAACUGGUGAAUGCUGUGUUCACUGAAGGGAGUAUAAUUAUGACGGCACAAUUGAAGAUCGAUGAUUCCGUUACCACUCCGACAAGUGAAAUUCUUAUCCAAAUGAAUGAAGUUAUAGCAAAUGGAUCUUGGGAUCACAACCCCAGUACAAUAUAUCGUCAAUAUACCAACGAAUGCGAUUAUAAUUUUAAUACAACAAGCGGGCAUGAUUGCAAUCCAGAUUUUUCGACUUGCAAUAAUACCUUUGGUAGUUUUGAAUGCCAAUGUAAGGAUGGUUUCACGGAUGAGGAUCCUUCAAAUCCUGGUCAAAACUGCGCAGAUAUUGUUGAAUGUGAGCUUGAUUCGAUCUCGUGUGGUUACGGAAAUUGUAGAAAUACCAUCGGAUCGUACGUUUGCGAUUGUUAUGAUGGGUUCUAUAUUAACGGAUCUACAUGUAUCGACAUAGAUGAAUGUGACUCAAAUCCUUGCCACGCUGAUGCAAAUUGUUCCAACAUUGCAGGUUCAUUUACAUGCGCAUGUAAGGACGGAUAUAAAGGGGACGGACAGAAAGCCGGAAGUGGAUGCACAGAUAUCGACGAAUGUAAAAAUGAAGACGACUCGGACACUGCCCUUUGCAAUUCGGAAAGUUACUGCGAAAACAACGAAGGAUCAUACACUUGUAAAUGUCUGAAUGGAUAUGCGGGUGAUCCAUGUGAAGAUAUAAAUGAGUGCGACAAUAAACCAUGCGACGAAAAUGCAGAUUGUAAAAAUGAAGAAGGAACGUUUGUUUGUGUAUGCAAGUCUGGAUGGCAUGGUAACGGAUUGGGUCCUGACUCAUGCACAGAUCAUGACGAAUGUGCCGAUCAAAAUGGCGGACAUGAUUGCAACACUACAAUAUCAAACUGUGUUAACGUAGAUGCAACUUACAGUUGUGCUUGUAAACAAGGAUUUAUUGAAAAUGAUCUAGAAAAUCCAGGCCGAAAUUGCACAGAUAUCGACGAGUGUUCUGCUGAAACGUUUCCUUGCGCUCCCGAUAAUUCUUAUUGUGAAAACGCCCUCGGAACUUACCAAUGUCAAUGUGAUGAGGGAUACAGUGGUGAUGCAAUUAGUCAAUGCUCCAAUGUCGACGAGUGCAAAAUAGAUUCACCUUGUCCGUCACAUUCUACUUGCAUUGAUACAACCGGUUCGUAUAUUUGUCGCUGUGACAAUGGUUACACUUUCAACCAGACAAGCGGACAAUGCGAUAAUGUAAAUGAAUGUGACAACAACCCUUGUGUUGCUCCAGCAACGUGUAAAGACACCGAUGGUUCUUUUGAAUGCAAUUGUCCAGCUGACGCAACCUGUGAUGGUAAUCCAUGUAGCAAUGACAUCACUAAUGAUUGCAGUGUAGACGCAACAUGUUUGAACGUUACAAACGGUUACACUUGUCAAUGUCGGGAAGGCUACACGGGACCGCCUUACAAUUCAAGUUGUAUUGACAUUGACGAAUGUAUGUUUGAGACAUCGAAUUGCCACACGAGAGCAAAUUGUUCGAAUACGCCUGGUUCCUUCCAGUGCCAAUGUGUGAAUGGUUUCACUGGAGAUGGAGUAAAUUGCACUGACAUAAAUGAGUGCGAGACCGAACCAGUGCAUUCCUGCGACGAAAAUGAAAAGUGUGAUAACACUUACGGAUCUGCUCAAUGCAUCUGUGUUGAUGGAUACGUUCGGAAUAACAACAAAUGCGAAUUGGAUAUUCCUACAUGUUCGGAUCAAUGUCACGAAAUUGCCACAUGCAUAUUCCUGGAAACAAUGCCAGUUACUCGUGAAUGUAGAUGUAAUGAAGGAUAUGAGGGAGAUGGCAUCAACAAUUGUACUGAAAUAGAAGUCACCACACCAAUGCCGAACACAACACCAACACCUACUACCACCAACCACCAAUGGUUUUAUUCUACCUCCACCACCAAUGCCACCAAUGCCACCAAUUUUCGAUGAUGAAGAUCUAGCAACAAUAUCACCACCACCAAUGGUUCCUCCUCCACCACCAUUUGGUUUGGAUGACGUUGGAGUGACAAUUUCGCCACCACCAUUUUUACCACCUCCGCCACCAUUCGGUAUGGACGACAACGGAG